GACAUAAGCUUUAUUUUCUGAAACAUCUAAAACGGAGAUACCAGUUUUCUUGUUUCGUAUUUAAAGAGAACGAAAGCACACAUCCAGUUGCAAAGACCAUCUUCAAUAUGGCUUCUUGUUCUGUGAAUAUUACGGAAACUAGUGACGAAAUCGAAGACGCAAUAGAAAUAGAAAACGAAUGGCAAUUGGAGCAUGGUUUAGUGAUAGGACAGUCUGUGGAAAUCAAUAUAGCGGUGAUUGGUCAACCAAAGUCAGGUAAAUCUUCUGUUAUCAACCGCCUUAGAAAUAUUCCAUCGGGGGUGCAGUCGUAGACGAUAGUGUAACAAAUAACCAAGUGAUGAAAUAUGACUUUCCUGAAAAUCCUAAUAUCAAGCUAUGGGAACUUCCUGGUAAGAAAAUGCAAGACACCAAACAGAUCACUGAUCAAAAUGGCACAGACUUUGAUCGGUACGACUUCUUCUUGAUAUCUUGAGAAAAGCUUCAUGGAAUCUGAUAAUUGGUUCAUUAAAGACGUUCUGCAAACGAGGAAGCCAUGUUUGUUUGUUCGUACUUGUAUCGGGAGAUGUGUUGUUGGAACUAAACUAGCAACAUUAAGGAAAAACAAGUCACAAGUAUUAGAAGAGAUAAGGGAAAAUUGUAAGCUGAACAUUAUAGCGUAUGGAGUAACCAAUCUGAAAAUAUUCCUUGUUGAUACUGAUGAUAGUUUUAAUAACUUCUUUGAGUUUGAAGCUUUGCAAGACCAGCUCCUCCCAAUGGCCGAGUCGGCAAAAAUUGGAAACAUUUCCUUUUCUUUUGAUCUGAAGCAUACGGACGACGUUAUGAAUUUACAAAAGGAAUUGAUGGAGAGGAGAAUAAAAGAUAAAGAGCUUCGAGCCUCAAAAGCUAAAACCAUUGAUGAGAGAAAGGAGAUCCUAAAACGAGAAAUCAAAUUUCAGCAAGAGGUUUUUGGAAUGGAUGAAUUCAGUUUGGCCAAAUACCAAACGGAGUACGAUUUGCCCAAAGGUUUGAUCGGAGAUUUUACAAUUGAAUUUGACAAACGACAUGGCAGUUCUGGGGGAAAUGUAAUACGUUUUGACAAAGUCGACGAUAGCCGACGUACUCGCAGCGUUUCUACGUAUUUUCGGCGGGCUUUUGAUUUUGUCUUGGAAGUUAAAGGUAGUAAAGGGGCCACUUAUAUUUGUAAACAAUGCAUAAAGAUUCUUGAAGAUAGUUUGCAGAUGAUAUAUAGCUUACGUGAAAAAUUAAAUAAAGAAGUAAUGUCACACCUCGUGACAAAGAAACGAAAUGACAAAGAAUCAGAAAUGUUGGGAACAAACAUUCGCAGACAUUAGUUAAACAAUGUUUCGAUUACCACGCUGAUCAUCACUUACAGAUGUUAUAUGUAAAUCAAAUGUACCAAUAAUGAGAAAUAUUUACUAUCUUAAGUAUUCAUAAGCGCUUUUCAACACUUCUUUUUCAUACACAUGUUGUUUCUCAUAUAGUUUUAACGGAACAUGUGUGUCAAAAGCUAGUGUGUUAAAUAAACAUUAGUAAAGUAACUGUAAAAUCAGACUUUAGGCGGCAAUAAUGUUCAUUAAACAUCUAAGAAUCGUGUAAACAUGACAAAACUUAAAGUACAUUGACUGUAAGUCUAAAACGUUGAUUUUGCCCGCGAAAACUUCGGACUCGUGAAAACAUAUAGAUUAACAGUACCAGGAGAAAUCAAUCGGACCAUCAUAGAUAUAGUGUCUUCUUUCGAAAUAAAAACUUUUUAUGGAAGAAUGUCAAAAACAUUUUCGUAAUUUUGUAUCAAUGUCGAUAAGAUUUUUGUAUUAAUUCAUUUCCAUUGAACUUUUUUGUCAUGUCAAUUCUGCGCGUGAAGAUAUGUUUGUGAAGCUGUUUAUAAUGUUUAUUAUGCUUUGUUAUGCAAAUGUAUUUUAUUUUACUUGAUAUUGUGUACGUUUAACACUCCCCUUACAUGAAGUGAAAUUAGUCAAUUUAGUCAGUAGUAAGUAAUUGGUUGACAAGGGCGAAUAUUUUUUUGUGGUUGGCGAAAUUCUACAAUAUAUUUUUAGCCUUUGACGUUUCAUACCCUUAAAAAUAUUUUACUUUUUUAUUCUCUAGUCUACAAAUUGUUAUUUGAUUACAUACAAUGACAAUAUAA